AUGGAGAAGGUGCAAGUGUACAUGGACAAGUGGGCCAAGGACCUGGAGAAGUUCCCCGUGCUGCAGUCGGCGCAGGAGGCCACGGGCGUGGAGAAGCUGUACCUGGUGGCGGGCGGCGCGGCGCUGCUGCUGCUGCUGCUGCUCGUGGGCUUCGGCGCCGGGCUCAUCUGCAACCUGGUGGGCUUCGUGUACCCGGCCUACGCGUCGUUCAAGGCCAUCGAGACGGACGACAAGAAGGACGACGUGCAGUGGCUCACGUACUGGGUCGUGUACGCGUGCUUCAACAUCGUCGAGAUCUUCGCCGACUUCCUGCUGUACUGGAUCCCCUUCUACUACGCCUUCAAGCUGGGCUUCCUGCUGUGGCUGUUCAUGCCCUCGACGCUGGGCGCGUCCUUCCUGUACAUGCACUUCCUGGCGCCCUUCCUCAAGUCGCAGGAGUCGCGCAUCGACCGCGCCAUGAAGGAGGCCGUCAACAGCAGCGGCGCCGUCAUCUCGGACAUCAGCAACGUGGCCAAGGACAUCGGCAAGGACGUCAGCAAGGCCGUCGCCAGCAAGAUUGUCGACAACGCCGCCCAGUAA